UAUUCGGCCAUAUUGAAAACAUCAGAGGGAAGAGAGACAUCCGUUUUAUCGAUCGUAGUAACACACCAAGACUCUGUGUUUUUCUAGGGCGUUCCUUAGAAGUGUUUGUACCUUAACCCUUCAGUAGCUUUGCGGGGAUAAGGCCCCGUGCGGUGGAUGCAGUUUUAUUCUUCCGUACCGAAUAGAGUUAGUCCCGAGGAGCAAGCCAUGGCGAGUGGGUACGGCGGGUACAUCGGGCCCGGAGACCCGAGCGCGGCCCACCCGCCCCCGAUAGGAUUCGAGAUGCAGCCGACCGGAGGGCCAGCCUACCCCCCUCAACCUCUAGGAUUUGAGGGGAUCGCGCCGCCGUCAUCAGACCAGCUGUAUCCUGAGGUACCUGAACCCUCACCUGCCGGAACACCUGGGGAGGUACCGCAACCUGCAACACCUAAUGAUGUACAGAUGAGGGACAACGAAUCUCCAAACCUAAAUACUCCGAAGGAUAGCGCCGAACGGGUUUCGGAGACUAGCACGGCUGGGGAUGACCAAUCAGAAAGAAAGUUGCUGGCGGGGCCUAAGGUUACUGACAUGGAGGGGCAAAACGGCCACGAGAGAAGGUCUGCAUCAGAUCUGGUUGCACCCGGUGGCGUGGGAUCAGAUCCUAGCCAGGCAGGAAAUGGGACUUAUAAGCAAAGCAAGGACUCCCUGUUCUUCCGAGACAACAAGAGGAGGAUCGACUACGUCCUGGCGUACGAGAAAAACGACGACUCGAAGAGCGAGGAGAAGAAGCAGCAGAAGCGGGAGUGUUACGAGGAGAACCUGAGAUACGAGGGGCUGGAACUGGAGUAUGAGGACAGGGAGCUGUCACAAGAUGGGAAGACCUUCUAUGUGAAAGUCCAUGCACCGUUUGACGUGCUGUGCAAGUAUGCUGAACUUCUCUGCAUCAAGAUGCCCAUUGCUUAUAACGACCUGGAAGAUGAAGAUGAUGGGAGACAGUGCCCAAACCCCAUGAGACUGGAGAUAGAGGACGAUGAUGACAGGGAUGUCUUCACUGCUCCCUUCAUGCGCAACCGCAUGAAAAAGUUCAUGAUUCCUCCAAAUAAAGAAGACUUUUUCCACCAUGCAGUCCGCAGCAGAAUUGUGUACACCAUCUUGGAGCGCUGUCGCUACGAGGACGACAAGAGGAAAAUCGGCAUCAAGAAGAUGCUGAACAACGGGUCUUACCUCGCGGCCUACCCUCUUCACGAUGGACCGUACAAGAGCGAACACUCCAAACUCACCCACGGGUACAAGAAUGAUCGACAUCUCCUGUUUGAGGAGUGGGCACGCCUCGGGAAGUGGUACAAGUACCAACCACUGGACAAGAUCAGACAAUACUUUGGUGAGAAGAUCGGUCUGUACUUCGCGUGGCUCGGGUUCUACACCAACACGCUCAUUGCUCCCGCUAUCGUGGGCUUCAUCUGUAUCCUGUACGGAGCAAUCUCAUUGGGAGAGGAUGUUACCAGCCAAGAGAUCUGUGGGUCUAACAUCACCAUGUGUCCACUGUGUGACCAGAGGUGCAGGUACUGGUCAUUAGCCAACCAGUGUAGAUACUCACAGGCUUCGCACGUGAUAGACAAUCCUGCAACUGUGUUCUUUGCGAUCUUCAUGGCUUUGUGGGCUACCAUGUUCCUGGAGUUCUGGAAGAGAAAACAGGCUGUUAUCUCCUAUGACUGGGACCUGGUGGGCUUUGAGGAUGAAGAGGAGAGACCCAGGCCGGAGUUUGAGUCCAAGGUGUCCACUCACAGAAUCAACCCUGUCAACAAGUUGGAAGAGGCUUUCCUGCCGUUCUACAACAAAGUACCCAGACUGAUCUGGGCUGGGCUGGUGGUGGUCUUCAUGGUCUCGCUGGUUCUGGCGGCCGUGUUUGCGGUGAUCGUGUACCGUAUCGUGAUCGUCGUGGUGUUCUACAGGUCCGACCUGGGGCUCAUCUCGGAACGCGCAAAACUCGCCACCUCCGCCACCGCUGCCCUGCUCAACUUGAUCGCCAUCAUGAUUCUCAACAAGAUCUACGAACGAGUCUGUUACUGGCUGACGGACAUGGAGCUGCCGCGUACACAGACGGAAUACGAGGACAGUUUCACCUUCAAGAUGUUCCUGUUCCAGUCGGUCAACUACUACGCUUCUAUCUUCUACAUAGCUUUCUUCAAGGGGAGUUUUGUAGGAAGGCCAGGAGACUACAACUACUUUUUGAACGAGUACAGACCCGACGAAUGUGAUGUUGGAGGCUGCCUGAUCGACUUGUGCCUCCAGCUGGCCAUCAUCAUGGUGGGCAAACAGGCCUACAACAACUUCAUGGAGCUCAUCUUCCCGAAGCUGAAGAACUGGUGGUCACGGCGCGGUAACAUUGACCAGGACGACGUGCCCGAGCAGGCGUACACACGCUGGGAACAAGACUGCGAUCUCGUUCCCGUGCCUGUCAUGGCACUGUUCCCGGAGUACCUGGAAAUGGUUAUCCAGUUUGGGUUCGUGACGCUGUUUGUCGCUGCGUUCCCGCUGGCGCCAUUUUUCGCUCUGAUCAACAACAUCCUGGAGAUCCGACUGGAUGCGUACAAGUUCGUCACACAGUACCGACGACCAAUGGCUGCUCGCGCUCAGGACAUCGGAGUCUGGUACAACAUCCUCGAGGUCCUCGCUAAAGUUGCUGUGGUGUCCAAUGCUUUUGUGAUUGGCUACACAUCUAACUUCAUCCCACGGCUGGUGUACCUGUACGGGUACAGCCCGGAGCCGGGCGUGUCCAUGAGCGGGUACGUGGAGGACUCGCUCUCCUACUUCAACCACAUUGUGUUCCUGAUUAAGAACAUGCUGGCCUACCUGAUCCCCGACGUCCCCCACGACCUCCAUGACCUCAUCAAGCGAGAGCAGUACCUCACCACGGAGAUGUUCUUCAGUAACGAGAAGGACCUUCAGCAGAGCACAGACAACCUCCGGGACACGGACGGUACGCGCCAGCGCCAAGCCUACCACCACGAAUAACCCACAAAUCAACCCCAAACACCCCUGUUCAUGAAGUCAACCAACCCAGCACUACAGUCAGUGGUUGACGCAGCAGCCUGAUCUAUUUGUAAAUAGGGGUGGUCAGGGUUGAUGAGUUAUGAAUGAGAUUUUUUAUGCUUACCAUUUUGAACACCCCUACUUUUUGAUAGUCCAACUGUCUUUUGCUGCGUUAUUGCUUCUUGAAGUGGAUGUUUACACUUUGAAGUGGGGGUGUACGGGUUGUCAUACAAGAAGGUAAAAGGCUGAUUUAACAAGCUUUGAAUGACCAAAUUUUAUAAAAGGAUAAAUGAAAGUGAUAUAAGACUAACUGCUGCAUAUUUUGUAACAUAAGAAGAUAUAAUUGCAAGGUGGACAUUGAAUUAUGACAGUUGUGGAAAAAAAUGAUAAUAGUGAUGUUUACAUGCAAGAAAUGUAGGUUGUUUCCAUGGUCUGGUUAACUUACAAGUUUUUAACCACUUUGGUGACUGUUUGAUCCAAAAUUUGGUCAUGCUUUUCAGCACAGAAACAUCUACUAAAAAAAUUAAUAUUAUUGUAGAUUAUUGUAUGAUGAAAUGACUAAUUGUAAUAUGUGAAAAGAAAUUAGUGAAAAUGAAGUGGGUUUUUUUUUUACAUGUAGUUGUGCAAGUUUGAUACUGGUGACUUGCUAACACCUUUCUUUGGGUAUUUUUAUCUUCAAUGUUUGGUUUCAAAAAGCUUGUGUUUUAAGACGAAAGGUAUUUUAACUUUAAGGUGAAAUAUUACAGUUUUACGUAUGGUGACUUGACAAUUUUUGACUGUUUUGCAUUCGUGCUAACGUUAUAAUUUGAAAACUUUAAAAUGCAUUUACUAACUGCGUGGUCACAUUUGUUCUACAAUUUUGAUGUCUUUAUAGAAUUUUCCAGCAGGCUGUGACAGAACCAACCACCAACCAGGAUCUAACAUGUAAGACUGUCUUUUGUGACAGCAGAAUUUUGGCUUGACUACAAUAAUGCCUUUAUUGAAGAGGUUCAACAGUCACAUAAGAUUACAGUUAGUAGAAUAUUCUUCAAUCAGUGACUGUUUUUGUAAGGUAGAAACAUGUACCUCCAAGGUUGGGAGCUGCC